ACUUAACGUUUGUAGUUAUUUUGUUACAUUUACAGAACAUAUAGUCAAUGAUUUACAUUGGUUCGUGGCAUUACAAUCGAAAACUUAUUUUUAAUGCCUCAAACUGAAUAUUGGCCGUUUGGUAGCUACAAAAAAGUCGAUGACUCGAACUUCAAAGAAGAGCCCUCUGUUUUACUGACCGACGCAGAAGAAGUCGUUCGUGACCACGGUGCAGCAAAUCCCGUGGCUAAGUAUCCUGAGAUUUUAAAGAUGCGUGAAGACCUGAUUCGAGCAAAAAACGCUGCCGAUGAAGAAAAAACACAACGAGAGAAAUACGAAGAGAAACUUAAAGACCUAGAGAGGAAACUAAAUGACAUCUGCUCCGCUGAGUUAGUCGAAAAGGGAUCUCGGGAUUAUACCAAUGAAGACGUCGCAGCGAUGAAAACUCAAAUCCGGGAUAUGAGAGAGGAAAUCGAAGAAUUGAGAUUUACCGUCAACGAGAAAUCGGAACAAUUGCAGGAGUAUAGAAUGAGGUACCUACAAGCCCAGCAACAGGUGGAAGAGGCGAAACGGCAGCGCGAAAUGAUCGAGUUCGACAACAAGCAGGUCACGGACCAGAUACAUAUAGAAAUUCAGAAGAUGAAGUUGCAGUUCCAAGAGAAGCUGCAGGAGCUGGCCCAGUUGCCAGACCUGCUGAAGGGCGCCCAGAUCCAGCUGCAGGAGUCGAAACAGCUGCAGAAGCUGGCCGAGGACAGCUCUCAGCAGAUUUCCAACGAACUGCAGCUUGUCAGGGAAAAGCUAGUCCACGCUGUAAACAGUUUAAAUCAAGAGAAAGCCGAAAAAGACAAGUUGUUGGAGGAAAGUAAAAUUAUUAAAAUUGCACUUCUUGAAAAAGACCACGAAAUUGAUCGAAUAUCCAAAGAGCUAGAUGACUUCAAGUCUAAAGCAUUUCGUUUCGAAGAGAAACUGACGCAACAAGAGGUCAGAUAUAAAGAGAAGGCGGUGGAAUGUGCGCAAAUUCUGAAAGAUCUUGACGAGCUUCGCGCAGAGAGUUCGCGCUCGCUCUCCCGGGUCAAAGAGCGCGCCGAGUCCAACCGCAGAUACAUGCAGGCCCAGAUAACGGAGCUGGAGAAGCAACUCGUGCAGAGCCGGGCCCAGUGUAGGGCUUCGCAAAAGGAACGGGAUGAUGUCCGCCAAAGAAUGCAAAUGCAGAUAAGCAACUUGCAAGAAAACUUCGAACUGGUGGAGAUACGCUUGAGAGGCCUUCAGAACCAGGUCGGCUCCCUCAAAAACUCCUACUCUUAUAUUCUGACGGAAGACAACGAGGAUCUCGCCACCAGCUUGGUUGAAUCUUAGCAUUGCUACGUUAAGGGUAUUUAUCAUUCGAUAAAUAAACAACAGAGCAAUGAUAGUGAUUAUCUGUAGCAACAGACCACCAGAACUAGCCAUUUCGAGUUAACGGCUACUAAUAUUUUUAAUAAGUAUCAAGAUAUUUUAUUACAUAUAUUUUGGCAAAAAUCUACAAUAAACUAUAAAGUGGUUAGUUGUAACGAAAUGUUAAUGAGUAAUAGUAUUCAUGACAUUCAUACCACCCAUUUUACUGCUUUACAGACUUUUAGAAGAAUGUCAUCUGUCGAUUACAAUUUGUUUUCAUACAAAUCUACUUGUUUUCUUAUCUUGUACUUAAUUAUUUUAUAAAUAGCGCCACAGCUACGUAUUUAUUAUGAUUUAUCCCAUAUAUAGCAAAAUAAAUGUGAAC